UUCACACAAUAAAGGUGCUGAAGGGGACCAAGCACUCCAGGGAGACCACCAGCCCAGGGGAGAAGCACGUACCACCAUGUACAAGACCAGCUACCUGCGCGAGGUGCGCAAGGAGAAGUAUGAGCGAUCUGACGUCUUUGAUGAAGAACCUGAGGACUCUGAAAGCUCCGCAGGCAUCUCAGCCAUCCAGGGCUGGGAGAACCUCCAGGAGCUCAACAGCCGCUUCGCCCGUUACAUCAACAGGGCACGAGUCCUGGAGCAGCGUAACGCCGUGUUCCGUAAGCAGCUGGAGACACUGCAGCGCAUGGAAGAGGCCAGCGGCCUGGAGGAGGCCUUCACAGAGCAGAUUGAAGUCAACAGGCAGCGCAUCAGGGAGCUGUCAUCAGAACAUGCAAAGCUGGAACGAGAACUAAGGGAUUCUUGCCGCAUGUUGGACGAGUUCACCAGCAAAUACAGAAAUGAAUGUAGUUAUCAAGAACAGCUACGAGGCACGCUGGACCAGCUAAAUAAGGAGGCUGACAGUGCUCUGCUGAGAAACCUGGAAUAUCAGAUCCAAUCACAGUUUUUGCAAGAUGACAUCAACUCCACUAGAGACAGACACAGGAAGAACCUUGCAGAGAUCCAGACUUACGUAAACAUUUUGCAACAAAUCAACCAGACACUUCCUCUUGUUCCAAAUGUGUCAGUGGGUAUCUCUGAGGAGCAGGAGAAGCUGUUGGCCCAGAGGAAGGUGCCGGGGCUGCAGAGUCAGCUGGAGGAAUAUAAGAGCGCCCUCUGUCAACUGCAGGCCCAGAAGCAGCGCCUACAGACUGAGACUACAAUGCAAGAGCAAGCGAUCAAAAACAUGCAAGAGACUUAUGAUGAUGAGAUCCAGAUGUACAACGAGCAAAUCGAAUCUCUGCGGAAGGAGAUUGAGGAAGCUGAAAGGUCCCUGGAGAAAUACACCAGCGAGUGCCGUCACCUGGCUAUGUACCAGACAUCCCUGGAAAAUGAGCUGGAGAGGUACAAGAGGAUCAUCGAGAAUGAAGAUAACAGGUUGAAUUCAGCGAUAAUUGGCACCCCCAUUACCCUGUUCACCACUAAUUACCGCUACACUCACACACCCUCCGCAUCCAGCAGAGGGAGAGAUAUCACCAGGGCUAUUCAAGACAUCACCAACGUCAAACCUCGCCAGAAGAUUAUGGCCAAGAAGGUCCUGAAGAAGAAAGAGCUGACCCCUAAAGAUGUGAUGGACAAUGGUCAGGAAGAAAGAAAUGAAGGAGCUCCUGGAGAGACCCCUGAUGAAGAAACAAAGGUGAACCCAUCUGAGGAGGGUAGGGUGAAGAGAACUGAACAUAGGCCAUUGAUGACUGGACUCUCUCCCCAGGAUGUCCCAGACGGAGCUCAGAUCAGCAAAGCCUUCGACACUCUUUGCAACAUCGUCAGGGAUAGAAUGCGGAAGUACAAGAAACCCGAGCCGAUCGCCGACUUCUACACUAAGGGUCGUUACGUGCUUGUAACUGGUGAUGGAAGCUACCCAGAUCCUGGUUUCUACACCUCUACACCUUCUGCUGGCCACAUCUUUGUCACCAUUAGGAAUGGCAUGUCUCCUUACGACUUUUACGGAGGCGAUGCCCCCACCCCUCCACCCAUGCCCGCCCCCAUGCCUGCUCCCAUGCCUCCCCUGCCCUCUGGCGGAGGAGGAGGAGGAGGAAAGGACGACAACAAUAACAGAAAAGGCAAGGACAAUGGAGGUAAAGGUAAGCAUAAGAACGGAGAGCCUCAUCCUCGCUCUAAAGAUCCAUCCCCGGUUCCUCCAGCUACCGGCCCAAGUCCCGGCCCCAGAGAGCCCACCCCAGCACCUCUUCAUCCCUCUGGUCCCAAGAAAAACAGGGAUGACAGCGAUACGAAUGGACCCGCCCCAGCCUCCGCACCCGCAUCACGUAUUUCCAGCACCAGCUCCAAUUCCAGCUCCAGCAGCUACACCCCAAAUACCAUGAGCUACGAGAAGGUGGAGGUGGUGGAGUCUGUGGAGAAGCUCUCCAACGAUCGCAAGGUUAAAGGUUACGAAGAGACCUCCAUGGUGGUCGAGACCAUGAUCGAGAAGUCCAGCAAGAAGAAACACUGAAAUCACAUAAUGUGAUAGGAGUCAGUUAAGUCCACCUUGGUUCCACCUGGUCCAGGUCUGAGAAGAUAAUACAGGUGUUGCUGUCAGAAAACAUAAAUAGCACUGUUCUUUAAUCUAACAGAACACAUGCUUUUGUCUCUUCAGGAGACCAACCAAAGGCCAACCUCACAUUCCUGCUCUGAUAUUCAAUGCUCUUCCAUUUGCAGUCUCUGGUCUUGCGUCCAGAAUACGUUUUGCUGGUUACAUCAGUACUGCUGUUGUUGUUCGACUCACACUCAUGCUCAUGCUAUAGUCCUUUACUGUCUGAAAACUUGGGACAAUGAAAAAUGAAGUUCUAUGCCACCUAUAAAAUUCAUAAGAAAAGAAAUGAAAAAAAAAAAAAAAGUUGUGCCACCCUUCUGAACUCUGUCCUAGAACUGAAACUCCCCCUUUGAGCUCAUUUGUUCAAUUGGAUGC